AUGCCUCAAGAGCCUCAUGAAACAAAUUCUUCUUAUAGAAGGACUUACAACAAUGAAAAGAAUGAAGAAGAUAUAGUUAUUCAUAACUAUGGCAAUACGAUAAAUAAUAACAACUACAAUGAAAAUAAUUAUGAUAAUGAUUAUAAAAACGGUUACAUAAAUAGUCAAGACAAUAAAGAUGGUUUGGGGGUGGCAAAUUCACGUCAUUUUACAGAUGAAACAUCAAGUAAUUUGGGAGACUCAGUAGAUGGUAAAAAUAAAUUCAAGUUGAAACAGGGACUUAAAGAUAGACAUCUUUCAUUAAUUGCUUUAGCGGGUAUUAUUGGUCCAGGUAUUUUGGUUGGUGCAGCUUCUGCUUUAGCUGAAGGACCAGCAGCUAUACUUAUUGGGUUUGGUGUUAUGGGUUUUAUUGCUUUCACGAUGUUGCAAUCGAUUUCGGAACUUAGUGUUCAAUAUCCAGAUGGAAAUGUGUUUAUCUCGAUUGGAAAGCGUUUCGUGAGUGAAUCGUUUGGUUAUGUAUGUGGAAUUUACUACUUCUUAAUUUGGAUUUUUGUCUUAGCUAAUGAGUAUAACUCGGUUAGUUCAAUUUUACAAUACUGGGGUCCCGAGGUUCCGUUAUAUGGUUAUAUCCUAAUCUUUUGGAUGGGUUUCAAUAUUAUUGCUAUAUUACCUAUUGAGUUCUUUGGGGAAGUUGAGUUUUGGUUAGCUCUCCUCAAAUUAGUAGGUCUAAUUGCUUUCUAUAUAUUUUCUAUCAUUUAUUGUGCUGGAGGGGUUAAAGGACAAAAAGCAUUUGGUUUUCAUUACUGGAAUGAUCCCGGUCCAUUUAAACGAGGUUUUGGUUCAGUAGCUUCAUGUUUGACAUUUGCUUCUACAUUUUAUAGUGGGACUGAGAUAGUUGCUAUUUGUGUUGGUGAAACAAAGAAUCCCAAAAAAGCUGUUCCAAAAGCUAUCAAGCAAACUUUUUGGAGAAUUUUAAUUGUAUAUAUUGGUAUUGCUGUAAGUUAUGGUAUCACAGUUCCUUAUAAUGAUGAUAGAUUAGGUGCUUCUUCAAAAUCGUUAAAGAGUCCUAUGAGUAUUGCUUUAGCUAGAGCUGGAUGGAAUGGUGGAGUGCACCUCAUUAAUGCUUUCAUUCUUGUUACAUGUAUUUCAGCUGCUAAUUCAAGUAUAUUCAAUUCAUCUCGUACUAUUUAUUAUUUGCUGAUUGAAGGAUUAUUGCCUAGUGUGUUCAGACGUCUCAAUAGAUUUCAAGUUCCUUAUGUUGCUGUGCUUUUUUCAAAUUUGUUUGGUCUCAUCUCAUUAAUCAACACAUCCAAAUCAGCAGUCGCUGCCUACAAUUAUAUAGUUAAUCUAAGCGGUGUUAGUGUUUUUUUAACAUAUGCCUGCGUCUGCUUUUAUCAAAUUAGAUUUAGAAUGGCUUUAAAGGCUCAAGGAAAGUCAAAAGAUGAAAUUUUUUAUAAAGGUCUUUGGUACCCAUAUUUACCAAUUGCAGGUAUUACCUUAAACAUUAUAGUUGCUUUAAUCCAAGGAUGGUCAUAUUUCAAACCAUUUGAUGCUGGAAAUUUCGUUGACGCUUACAUCUUACUUCCACUUUUUCCAAUUUUGUAUUUUGCCAUAGGAAUUUUCAAAAAAUGGAAGUGGGUAAACCUUAAAGAUGUUGAUUUGGAAGUAGAUAAGAGAGAGGAUGUGGAUCGUUAUUAUAAUGAGGAAGAAGAAGCUCUUGGACCUAAGAAAUUCGAGAGAUGGUACUCUUGGAUGGUUUAA